CAGACAUCAGCGACUGCAUACAACACACCAUGGCUGGAGGACACGGGCAUUUCCAACCGGUCAAGCUUGACCCCGCUAUUGAGCGAUGGUCUCAGAUGCGUGAGAACGUCUAUCAACAUUUCAAGUUCACUCCUAGAAAGACGGCCCAAGUCAUCACCUGGGCCGUAGCUGUCCCCGCCCUUGUUGCCUCUAUCGCCAUGGCCACUGAUCAAAAGUACGACUGGGCCGGCAAGCAGAAGGGCUCAAGUUUACGCAUCGGCACCCCCGCCAAGCCUGCUCCUGUGGAGGAGGAGGAAUAAGUUCAAGGGACUCGGAUGUAUUACUUGUAAACUGGACGCGAGCGCUCUACAGUGCGGGCGAGU